AUGAGAGUCGCUGUAACUGAUCAGAGUCACAGCCUGUUCUUCUUCGACCUCAAGUUCCCUACUUCAUAUCCAUAUGAAGCACCGAGGUUAUUCUACCAUCAGUACGGCCUUCCUUUGAGCACUCCUGAAACCCAACUGAAACCCAAACUCUGUUACAGCAUCUUAGACGUGUUUCUCCACAUUGAAGAGAUUGUGUUGGAGAACACAAACAAGUCAUGUCAGCAGAUGCUGGAUGUGCUGAAACGGCCGCUCGCUGGCUUUGAAGAUUUCGUGAAGGGGCAUUUUAGGAAGAAGGGAGCUUUGAUUCUGAGGAACAUGAUGGAAGAGAUGGAUAUGGAGAAGGAGAGGGAUAAGAACAUGUUUUGGAAGAUGUACAUUGCCUUUGAAAGCAAUAAAGGACACUGUGAGCAUAUUCUCAACAGUGAUCUUAAAGAAGAGCUCAAGAAAUACAAGGAGAAAGAGUGUUCUUCAUCUUCCUACUACUACCCAACCAUAACCAGCAGGUUCGAUGAGGUUAAGAAGACUUCCAAGUACGAGAAUAUAUUGAGCAAGUUCUUGCCUUUUUACGAUUAG